AUGGCUCAACCGCAGCAGCAGCCAUGGCUACGGUGCUCCCUCCAGCUGGCCCUGAUCCUCUGCCUGUGCUGCCCUGCCACUCGUGCUGCUCCUCAGGACGCCCGUGUGCACCCCACCCCUCAGGAGGAGUGUGUGGGCUCAGGGCCUGAUGUGUGUGGAGUGUGUGCAGGCGAUGGCUCCUCCUGUGAGCUGGUCAGUGGAACGUUCUCACGCUCGGCGCUUCCUGUGGGGUACCAUAAAGUCCUGGACAUCCCCUCAGGAGCGCAGCGAAUCACAAUCCAGGAGACCAUCAAGAGCAGGAACUACCUUGCUCUCAGGACGGCUACGGGUCAGUCGGUCAUCAAUGGCAACUGGGCCAUCAAUCGCCCAGGUCACUUCCAGGCUGCUGGGACUCAGUUCACAUACCGGCGGCCCAACGAGAUCCGCAGUCGUGCUGGAGAGUCCAUCUCUGCCCAAGGGCCACUGACUCAGGACCUGCAUCUCUAUGUCAUCUAUCAGCAGCCUAACCCCAGCAUUAACUAUGAAUACAUUCUGCCAAAAUCCCACCGUCUGGCAACAGAAAGCUCACAUAAUUCAACACACUCUCAUAUACUUCCUCUUGUGGAGACACAUGCAGUUGAUGAGAGGGACAAUCUGGUGCCCUCAAACUCAGUCACUCCAAAGCCCCUCCCACUUUACACCUGGGUUGCCAUGACAACUACACCAUGCAGCUCCACCUGUGGUUCUGGUAAACGUCAGAUCUACUUUAGCUGUGUGGAGCGGGCCACUCAGACCACUGUUCCAGGAGACUUCUGUAGCCACAGUGUGCGCCCCGCUCCUCAACAGGAGACCUGCUCCAGCCAACACUGCCCUGCUUUUUGGGACGUGGGUGAGUGGUCAGAAUGCAGCCGGACGUGUGGUCUGGGACUCCAGCAUCGCCAGGUCCUCUGUCGCCAGAGUCAGGGUCGCCAUGGGAACAUCACGAGCAUCGUAACCGUGGAGACACAGCAGUGCGGCCACACUGAGAUGCCAGAGACGAGUGUGCCGUGCCAGCUGCAGAUCUGCAGUGAGUGGCACAUCCGCACCGACUGGACAGAGUGCUCAGUGCCCUGUGGGGUGGGCCAGCGCAGACGAGAGGUGGUGUGUGUGUCCAGUCUGGGCGACGUGGACGAUGAUGACCAGUGCAAUCUAGCCAUGAAGCCGCCUCAGCUGCAGAACUGUGACAUGGGGCCUUGUGCUCGCAGCUGGUACUUCUCCUCCUGGAGCCACAGAUGCUCUGCGGACUGUGGCGUAGGCUGGCGCAGCAGGUCAGUGGUGUGUGUGGACGGUGCUGUGAGUGCGCUGCCCCUGGAUGGCUGUGAGGGAGAAAGGCCAGCCCAGCUGAGCGCCUGUGACCUGGGCUCAUGUCAACACAGGGUAGAGUGGUACACAGGACCCUGGGGACAGUGUUCGUCCGAGUGUGGUAACGGCACCCAGAGUCGGGGUGUGCUGUGUGUUGUCCAGAGUGCGGGUCAGCUGGAGGUGACCUCUGGGAGCAACUGCUCUCACCUGCCCCGCCCUCCUGACACACAGCCCUGCCGUCUCAGCACCUGUGGAGCACAGUGGUACCUGACAGACUGGAGCAGUUGCUCUCGCUCGUGUGCGGGUGGCUAUCGUGUGCGGGAGGUGCGUUGUCUGAAUGAUGUCAUGGCCCCGAGUGACGGCUGUGACCCCGGUUUGGCCCCAGAGAGUCGAGAGGACUGCAACACACAGCCAUGUCAGCCGGACAGAGAUGGGUGGUGCCGAGACCUCCACUUCAACUGUGAGCUGGUGGUGCAGGCGCAGCUGUGUGUGUACGACUACUACCGCUCCACCUGCUGUGCGUCCUGCUCCCGCGCCAACCACAGGAACGCACGUCCCGCCGGAAGAUGAGCCCACAGGGAGAGGUCAUCUGACCGGUCACUCCGCCUCAGUGCAGAGCAGCCUGACCUCACAGGGCGGACGUGAAGGACAGGGCGGUGCUCUCAGUGACCCGAGGCCGGCCUGCUCAGGGCUGCAGCACCAGGGCGCAGCUGCUCUCUCUGGCCUGCUGGGGACUGCGCUGUGCUCCUCUACUCCAGACCAGACACAACACCAACAGCACCACAUCACACAUCAUCAGGAGUCAGGAC